CAAGGCGCCCUCUUCUUGAGCGCAACGUGAGCGCGUGAGCUGCGCUCAUUUGGUCAUAUACUUAAAGCGUGCACGUCAAAGACUUGACUAAUGCGCAUACUCACGCUCAUAGGAAUACGUGUUAACUCUUCUACCCUUCACUCUUGAAUUGAGAGUGUCGUGCUAAGCAGCGUGAAACUACGGACAUAGACGGAGAGGUAGCUGAUUCCAUAAUACAACGGUUACUACCGACGCUGCGUCGUGGAGGAGAGAAUUGUUUAGGUGGGCAUUAUAAGCUAACCUUCAUCUCCGCUGCAGCGGUCGAAGUUAUCGUUUAAGUAUCACCAAGGUCAACUUUCUAGCUAGAGGUCCGCUACGGUGCUCAUAAGACACUGGGUGGUGUCGUGGGGGAGAUACACAACCACCGCUGAGGAAGGAUGGAACAGGCGUAUGGCGCGGGCAAGGCUGGCGGUGCCUUCGACCCCUCGACGUUCUUUAUGCAGCCCCAGACUAUCGUCCGGUUAUUAUGUUGGCUCUUCUCCUUAGUAAUAUUCGGCUGCAUCGCCAACGAGGGCUAUGUCAACCGGCCGGACGAGAUCGAGGAGUACUGCAUCUUCAACCGCAACGCCAACGCCUGCAACUUUGGGGUUGGCAUGGGAACGCUGACGUUCCUCUGCAGCGCCGGCUUCCUGGCUCUGGACAUCUACUUCCCCCAGAUCAGCAGCGUCAAGGACCGCAAGAAGGCCGUGCUGGCCGACAUCGGCAUCUCAGCAUUCUGGUCCUUCAUGUGGUUUGUGGGUUUCUGUUUGCUGGCCAACCAAUGGCAAGUGUCUAAGGAGGAGGACAACCCCCUGCGGGAGGGGGCCGACGCCGCGAGGGCAUCUGUCUGCUUCUCCUUCUUCUCCAUCUUCACCUGGGGGGCGCUGGCUCUGCUUGGCCUGGAGAGGCUAAAACGGGUUUCCUUCGAAGAGGAGUACAACAAACUCUUCACCCCACAUACCGCUCCACCGCUAAUUUAAUUACACACAGCCACCCACCCACACAC